ACAGUGACAGUGUUAUCUCCAAAAUUCAAGUUUAUAUUCCAUUAAUUACAUUUACUUAAAAUAUUAUUCACCUCUGUUUUAAAGAAAUUUCUUUCAGUUUUCAUUAAAAGCGCAAGUUAAUUUUAUUUAAGCUUAAAAAUGGCGAAAAAACCGGGUGCAGCUCAAGCUUUACAUAAGGUGAUAAUGGUUGGGAGUGGAGGUGUUGGUAAAUCGGCUUUGACAUUACAAUUUAUGUAUGAUGAGUUUGUAGAAGACUAUGAGCCAACGAAAGCUGAUUCAUACAGAAAAAAAGUUGUGCUGGACGGCGAGGAAGUACAAAUAGAUAUUUUAGAUACUGCAGGACAAGAAGACUACGCGGCAAUCAGAGAUAAUUAUUUUAGAAGUGGCGAAGGAUUCUUGUGUGUUUUUUCAAUCACUGAAGACGACAGUUUUCAAGCUACUCAAGAGUUUAGAGAACAGAUUCUUCGAGUUAAAAAUGAUGAAAACAUUCCUUUUUUAUUAGUGGGAAACAAAAGUGAUCUUCAAGAAAAGAGAAAAGUUAGUCUAGCCGAAGCUCAAGGAAGAUCUCAACAGUGGGGUGUACCUUACGUAGAAACGAGUGCUAAAACUAGAGAAAACGUCGAUAAGGUAUUUUUUGACUUGAUGCGUGAAAUAAGAUCGCGUAAAAUAGAAGACAAAUCAGCGAGUAACGGUCGGGGCAAGGAUCGUGCCAAAAGGAAGAAAAAGAAAUGCAUUAUCCUAUAGGUGUUUUUCGACUUGAUGCGCGCCAUAGCAGCGCGUAAAGCCCAAGAAAAUAAAAUCGAGGGUGCUGAGCGCAAAAACAACAAACGGUGUUGUGUUAUUCUCUAACGAACCGAAGGCAACUUUAUAGUUUUCUAUGAUUUAAAA